CGUAUUAAUUGAAUACAAACAACACUUUUGUUUGUUUGUAAAGCAAUUCUCCAUUUAAUUGUAGAUUUGCUUUGACUUAGACUUUGAGAUCAAUUAGAGAUCACUUUGUUGGACAAUAUUAGAUAUAAUUGAGUGGUAUUUAAGUUAAUAAAAGAUAAACCGAUUGUAUUUAGAUAUCUGAAGACAUGUUCGGACGCUUCGUAACAGUGAGUCGUUUGUCGGUUAGAGCCGUGAAGUUGCGGUCAUUGAAUGUAAUGAAUGUGACCCGAAGUGCAUCAUCUAGUGUUGACCCGAACCCGGGUUUGGCGGCACCAAAACAUGGCCGAAAAGAGACGGAGGAAGAGUUUGACCAAAGAUAUAUCAAUUACUUUAACCGUAAAGAUAUCGAUGGCUGGGAAAUCAGGAAAGGCAUUAACGAUAUGCAUGGUAUGGAUUUAGUCCCCGAACCAAAAGUGGUGAUCGCCGCUCUUCAUGCUUGCCGUCGGGUCAAUGAUUACGCACUGGCCGUCAGAUAUCUUGAGGCACUCAAAUUCAAGAGUAGGGAAAACAAAGAGAUAUAUCCAUACAUUAUUCAAGAGAUUAGAUCGACUCUCGACGAGUUAGGUAUCAGUACUCCUGAAGAGUUGGGUUACGGCGAACCCGAGUUAGCUCUGGCCAACCCUUUCGAUAUGCAUUAGUCUUAUUGUCUAUUAUUGUUUAUUUGCUGCCAUUACUUACUGUAUAAUUAAAGUAUAGUCUCUAUAGUUAGUAAUGAUAAUAAAUACAAUUUAUUUAAAAAUCUAAAAUAUUGUUUUAAUAAUC